AUGUACCGGGAAAUUCUUUAUGAUCUUAUGUCGGAAAAAUCAAAGGAACAGUGUAUAUUGGAAAUACGUGAGGAUUUGACAAAAGGCAUCCAUAUUCCGAAUUUAACGGAAAUUCCUGUUGAGUCUGCACAAGAAAUACUAGAUGUCCUGAUCAAAGGAUCUCGCGGGCGAGCCACUGCAUCAACUAACAUGAAUGCCACAAGCUCAAGAAGCCAUUCAAUUUUUACCAUUAACCUUGCGAUGCAACAUAAAGUUGAAAAACAUCAAAACAGGACUGCCAAACUACAUUUGGUCGAUCUGGCUGGCUCAGAACGACCUAAGAAGACCGGCGCAAGUGGCACAACAUUUAAAGAAGACUCUCUAACAAGGUCCAAACGUUCACCGAAUGGUGGCUGCACGUGCAGAUGGAACUGCAAAUCUUCCAGAUGCGGCUGCAGAAAGUUCCAGAAAUCUUGUACUAGUUCUUGCAGAUGUAAAGAAACAUGUGAGAACCAAGAAAAAAUCUCCCGCACGGAAGUGACAUCCACCGUUAAUCGAAUAAAUCCUGAGUCAGACGACGAACUAGACAACCACUUUAAAAAGCAAAGAUUACAUGAAGACGUUUUCGAUACAGAGAAACUACCUGCACCUACUACAAUUCCUACAAAGAAGUUUAGGAUUUAUGAAGUUAGUCUGUCAGUGUAUUCGCUGACUAAGCUUUUAAGCAGUAUUUCGAGAAAUGAGAAUAUAUUUUCAUACGACUGUCCACUGGAACUACCAAAAGGAUUAAGACAACCCCGCCAUCAGCAACGCCAAAAUACAGCUGUGAUUGAAUCACCAGAAGAAUCAGAAAAGUUAAAAGAACAAGAAGAGGUCAACCAAACUUCAGAGCUUUUAGAAGAUCUAAAAAUUUCAUAA